CAGUAUUAAUUUGUGACUGCUCGCGUUCAGUUGUUCGGUGGUCGCGUCGCGUUUAGUGCUCGUUUUGGACCCGACCUAGUGUAUGUUUUCUGUAUUUACUGAAUGCCAUUCUAUCAAUAAAACAAACAUACCACAACAAUCCACAUAACAAAAUAUCCUGUUACUGCCUGUCACCAAGGCUAUUUGACUUCGUAGCAAAGAUGAGUAGUAAAAUUAAUUUUACCUUCGAUAACGUUCUUGGCGUCUAUUAUGCUGGUCAAAUUGUAUCCGGCACAGCUGAACUCAUCACAGAACGCUCCAAAACCAUACGCUCAAUCUAUGUCACUGUCAAUGGUUUUGUGGAGACUCGCUGGCAGGAGACCGUCGAAAAACCUGGAGAUGAUGGCAAACUGAUCAAGUCACUGGAAACACGUACGGCAACAGAGAUCUUUUAUAGCAACGAUAAAUAUGUUUAUGGCCAAAGUGGCGGAUCGCAGUUGGAGUUGCCCAAGGGCAAGUAUGUGUUUCCCUUUCAGACUACAAUUCCACCCCAGGCGCCAACCUCUUUCAAUGGCACACACGGCCAGGUUAAGCAUGAAGUAACGCUAACAAUCGAUCGUGCCGUGAGAUAUAAUAACAUAUUUAAACAAUGUUUUACUGUCAUACUGCCCAACGAUUUGAAUGCCAAUCCAGCGUUAUCGCAACCGUUGAAACGCAUUGAGGAGAAAACUUUUUGGUGGGGUUCUAUUUUUGGUGGCAAUAAACCGAUGGUAAUGGAUGUAAGCACCACGUAUAGCGCCUAUGUGCCGGGACAGAAAAUAAACUUCCAUGUCGUGCUCGACAAUCAGUCCGAUGUGCAGUGUCAGGAUGUGAAAGUGCGACUAUUUAAGAACGUCAAAUAUCGAGGCAAAGCGAAUGAUCAGGAACAGGUGAAGACGACAGAAGUUCGCAUUGCGGACAAACACUGUGGCGAAGUGGACAAACACAAUAAAGCGCUUUUCGAUGAAUAUUUAAUGGUACCGCCAACAACUCCAUCCACGCUUAGCGAGCGAGAUCCCAUCCAGGUUAGCUACACACUGCGAUUCAUUGCCAAAACCUUUCGGCUGCAUGGUGGCGGUGAUCUGAUUGUGGAUUUUCCUCUGGUCAUUGGAACUGUGCCGCUGGUGGGCAGCGCGAACGACAAGGGUCCGGCACAGAAGGCACAGCAAGCCAGCACAAAUGGCAAUUAUAGUCCAUUACCUGAGCCUAAUUUCCAGGAGGAUGUGAGCACUGAACAUUUUGAGUCUAACACAUACAAACCACGGUAUCCGGUUUAUCUUUUUGAUGGCCAGCAGAGCGCUGCUAAUGGUGCCGCUGCUGCUAAGUCACCCGUACCUAGUAUUUAUCCAAAGGCAGUGGACACAACACCAGCAGCUCCUGUAGAAUACACUCCGAAUCCUGUUUCGCCAGCAGGAAAACCAAUAGCCACCGUAACACAGAAGACGCCGCCAUAUCCAGUGCAAGCACCAGCAGCAGGAGUAACAGCUCCUGGUGGUGAUUUUGAAGUGCUUGGCUUUAGCAUCCCACCAGGCUAUCAGCCGACGCCCAGUGCACCAGCUGAUGGCCCCGGCUCCAUUGGCUGGAAGUAGUUCAUAUCAAUGUAUUUUAUUUUUCUAUAAGCACUUGAGAGAGUCUUCUUGCAUAUUUGUAAGUAGCGACCAACAAAUAUUUACCCAUAUAUCGUCAAAGUAAUAAAUGAAACGAAC